UCUCACGAUGGCACUGCAACUACCCUACACCAUUCUUCUGCUUCUUUGCAUCUCCAGCCUGGCAAUGGCAGCAUAUAACGUGCUGAGCUUUGGCGCGACUCCGGAUGGUCAGACGGACUCAGCAUCGGCAUUCUUGGACGCAUGGGGAGAGGCCUGCGGCGACCAAAAGCCGGCGACUUUGGUGGUGCCAGAGGGAGACUUUUUGGUGAGUCGGGCUUUGUUUAAGGGUCCUUGUAAUAAUGACAACAUUCAGGUGCUCGUAAAGGGAACCAUUGUUAGAGACCCUGGCUAUUCCACCACGCCAGAGUGGAUCGCUUUCAAGUAUGUGGAAGGACUUUCCGUCUCAGGCGGCAUGUUUGACGCUCACGGACAGUCUCUAUGGGCCUGUAAGGCCGCAGGACACCGCUGCCCCGCUGGUUCUACGGCAUUGACAAUUAGCCAGUCGAAGAAUGUGAUCUUGAGUGGAGUAACGGUCAAAAACAGUGAAAACUUCCAGAUCUCAAUCAUGUAUAGUCAGGGAAUAAGAGUGGAAGGAGCCACGAUCAUUGCACCGUUUGAUAGCCCUAACACUGACGGAAUCCACAUCCACACAACGAAUGGUGCAACCAUCAUAAACUCCGCCAUGAGCACAGGCGAUGAUUGCAUCUCUUUGGGCACGGGUGUCAUCAAUGUUUGGAUUGAAAACAUCAGAUGCGGGCCAGGCCAUGGCAUAUCCAUCGGUAGCUUGGGUGAGUCGCCCGAGAGGUCCGCAGUGCAAAACGUGACAGUGAGCUCGGUGGUCUUGACCGGAACACAAAAUGGUCUUAGAAUUAAAACAUGGGCGAAACCCUACAAUGGAUUUGUGAGAGGGAUUAAGUUCCAACAUGCCAUAAUGAACAAUGUGAAGAACCCUAUUAUUAUUGAUCAGAAUUAUUGCCCUGAUAAUCAUAAUUGCCCCACACAAAGCUCAGGGAUAAAGAUCAGUGGUGUGGUGUUCGACGACGUGAGGGGGUCUUCGGCGACAGAGGUGGCGGUGACGCUUGAUUGUAGUCGGAGCAAUCCAUGCAGUGGGAUUGAGCUUAGGGAUGUAAGGCUAAGCUAUGAUGGCGAGGAGAAGGCACAAACUUUCUGUAGAAAUGUGGAGGGAGAGAGCUCAGGGUUGUUAAUCCCACCUAGUUGUAUCUGA